CGGUGCACUAUAUUUUUUAAAAAAAUUAUGAAAAAUUAUAAAUGUAUGGUACUUUUCAUCACGAAUUUGAGGGUUUUUUUUUCCGAAUAAAUCCACCAGUCAUUUCUUAGGGGCAGUAUCAUCCAACUGUUGUCCAAUCAAAUAAGAUUAGAGACGAAAGUGGAUAACUUCUCAGUCUUCUCAUAUGGGUCAAACGGACAGUGAUAGAUGAACAAUGUAGAAGCAGAAGCAGUGAUUUAAAUGUUGAAGCCACCUUCGCACUACUCACGGUUCAAAUUCAAAAACGUUUAUCGCACAAAUGGCAGAAGCAGCAGGAAAGAGAUAUGCGGUUGUUACGGGAGCAAAUAAGGGGAUUGGGUUGGAGAUAUGUAGGCAGUUGGCCUCUAAAGGGAUUGUGGUGGUGUUAACUGCAAGAGAUGAAAAGAGAGGCCUAGAAGCUCUUCAUAAACUGAAAGAGUCUUCUGGUAUUUCUGAAUAUGUGGUUUUUCAUCAGCUUGAUGUAGCAGACCAUGCUAGCGUCUCUGCUCUGGCUGAUUUCGUCAAAACCCAUUUUGGGAAGCUUGAUAUUUUGGUGAACAAUGCUGGGGUUGUUGGAGCCAGUAUUGAUGAAGAUGCUUAUAGAGCAGCGACUAAGGAAGGUGGUCAAAUCAUUUGGAAGGAAUUGUUAAGAAAUGCAAGCUACGAACUGGCUGAAGAAUGCUUGAAUAUAAACUAUUAUGGCUCAAAACGAAUGGUAGAAGCAUUCAUUCCCCUUCUUCAGAUAUCCAAUUCACCAAGGAUUGUCAAUGUCUCUUCAUCCAUGGGAAGGUUGGAGAAUGUACCACAUGAAUGGGCUAAAGGAGUGCUAAGUGAUGCUGAUAAUCUAACAGAAGAAAGAAUUGAUGAGGUGUUGCAUCAAUAUCUGAAAGAUUAUAAAGAAGGUUCUGUUGAAUCGAAAGGCUGGCCGAGUUUUGGUUCUGUCUAUAUACUUUCAAAAGCAGCGAUGAAUGCAUACACAAGGAUUCUGGCCAAGAAGUACCCUACUUUCAGAAUCAAUAGUGUCUGCCCUGGAUUUGUGAAGACAGACAUAAACUACAACACUGGUUUCUUAUCUGUUGAAGAAGGAGCAGAGAAUCCUGUUAGGUUGGCUUUGUUGCCAGAUGAUGGUCCUUCUGGCCUCUUCUUUAAUCAAAAGGAAGAGGUAGCCUUUUAAGCAAAUGGGAUUAAUUCCUUUACUUUUUCAUCUUAGGUUAUGAUUAGGGUUUGAAGUACGUUGUACGUCGAGAUUGUGACUGUUUUUUCUAGCAGCAUAUAUGGUUUGUAAAUUGCAACUCUAUGAUGGUUCAACUGGACAUGUAGUCAGUACUUUUACUGGAACUUAAGAGCUGUCCAUUCUUAUGUAUGUAUAGGCUAAAUAAGUUGAAGUGGAGUGGAUCUCUCUUGCUAGAGAAGUUGUUUCUGCA